GCCAGGUAACUAAAAUGAUUAGACGAAAGGAUGCAACAUGAUCCGCGGUAAAAGGCAACACUGUCACAGCGUUUUCUUCACCUCAUCUUCAUCCCACGUUUAUAUAGCGUAGCUAGGUACCUCUAUAUUAUACACAUACGUACAUCCUUUACUAAACGCAAAACUCACUCCGGCUAGGUAGAAAUCAUGUCACGGCCGUUCCAAAAGGUAAUAGUCGUAGGAGCCGGUCCCUCGGGGCUACUCCUCGCUCUACUCCUCUCUAAGCACGGGAUCCCCGUGGAAAUCCUCGAGGCCUCGCACGAGCUGGACAAGCAGCCGCGGGCGGCGAUCUACGGGCCCCCCGCGAUCCCGGACCUGAGGCGGGCCGGGGUGAUCGAGCAGAUCCGGGCGCGGGGGAUAAGCCCGACGUCGAUGUGCUGGCGGCGCUUCGAGGACCACAGCUGGAUCACAGGGAUGGACGCGGCGGGCCUCGCCGACUACAACGGCGAGGACCUGCGCAUCGCAUGUCUCGUGCUCGACCAGCUCGACCAGCUCAUGCUCGACGAGUUCGUGGGGAAGUAUAACGGCAAGAUCAGCUGGAACCACAGGGUUACGGGUACGGGGCAGGACGACGAGAGGGCAUGGGUGGACGUCGAGACUCCCGAGGGCAAGAAGCAGAUUUACGGCGACUAUAUAGUUGGGUGUGAUGGCGCGGGAAGCCAGGUGAGGAAGUCGUUGUUUGGAGACGAGUACCCGGGUUUUACGUGGGAAAGACAGAUCGUGGCUACGAAUGUAUAUUACGACUUUACGAAAUUUGGAUUUAGGGACUCCAACUUCAUCCUCCACCCUGAUCACUUUUAUAUGGCAGCCCGACUCACCGAAGACGGCCUCUACCGCGUAACGUACGGGGAAUCCCCCGGCCUAACCUGGGAGCAGAUGCGGGAGCGGCAGCCGUGGAAAUACGAGAUCAUGCUCCCCGGACACCCGAAGCCGGGGGAGUACAAGCUGGUCAACAUGUCGCCGUACAAGAUGCACCAGCGGUGCGCGCCGUCGUUCCGCGUCGGCCGCAUCCUGCUGGCCGCCGACGCCGCGCACCUGUGCAACCCAUGGGGCGGCAUGGGCAUCACGGGCGGGUUCGUCGACGUCGGCGGCCUGUACGACUGUCUCGCGGGCAUCUGGGACGGGAAGGCCGACGAGUCGAUCCUCGAUCUGUACAGCGAGAAGCGCAUCGAGAAGUGGAAGACCGUUAUCGACCCCAUUUCCCAGAGCAACUUCCGCCGCGUGUCCGAUAGCGAUCCGGAUACCCUGCUAGAGCGGGACCCGGCCAUGCAGGCGUGUAAGAACGCAGAGAACGACCUUGAGAAGCAGAAGAACUUGUACCUGGCUUUCUUCGAUAUGCGCUAUGACUUUACGCAACAUUAUAAGAAGGCUUAGUACCUAGGUAGGACGUAAUGAUGUCGAGUUCGAGAUACAUGUCAUUUUGUCAUUUUAUACCAAGUAUAUUUGCUCACUCAUCAAUAUUGCACAUUACGAGUCUUCAUUUUUCUCGUAAUUUGGCAGUCUUUCCCCUCCCUUAUCGUCAUAAUACAUUAUUGACGCCCAUCACCACCUAGACUUAGACACUAUG